ACUGGAAAGGGUAAGGGGGAGCUGCACGAGUCCAACGCAACGGCCAACAGCCCAGCAUGGAGUAGAGCAGCGGCACGGAAGAAAAGGCAAACGUGCGUGCGUGAGGGCGCGCAGCCGCGUCUCGCCGUCGCAUCACGUUUCCCAGAUCUCCCCUCGAUUUCACUCGCCGCUCCUCUUCCGCCAACCUUAAAUAGCCCCCAAGAACAGCCGGCCUCCUUCGUCCUCUCCUUGUCCCGGCCGUCUCCUCCUCCUCUCCCUGUCCAGGCCAGCUCCCUCCCAAGAACUCACUCACUCGUGCGGUACGGAGAGCGAGAGCGAGGGGUGUGCCGUCGCCGUCGCCUGAGCCCGCCGGAGUCUGAUCGGGUCGAUGGGGAGGGCGCCGUGCUGCCAGAAGGAGGGGCUGCGGAGGGGCGCGUGGAGCGCCGAGGAGGACCAGCGGCUGGUGGAGUACAUCCGCCAGCACGGCCACCCCAACUGGCGCGCGCUGCCCAGGCAUGCCGGCCUGCUCCGCUGCGGGAAGAGCUGCCGCCUCCGCUGGAUCAACUACCUCCGCCCGGACAUCAAGCGGGGAAACUUCACCGCCGACGAGGAGGACCUCAUCGUCCGGCUCCACCAGUCACUCGGCAACAGGUGGUCCGCGAUCGCAGCGCAGCUGCCGGGGCGCACCGACAACGAGAUCAAGAACGUCUGGCACACCCAACUCAAGAAGCGGCUGGAAGACGACCGGGAGGCAGCCGCCGUCGCCGGCGGCGCCGGCGCCGGCCGUAAGCAGAAGGCGCGCAAAAGCAAGGCCGUCGCCAAGAAGGCGGCCGACGUGGACGGGGCGGCGCCGUUCUUGACGGCGUCACCGGGGCUGUCGAGCAGCGUGAGCAGCGGCGUGACAUGCUCCACCGUGACCGAUUCCGCCACCGCGGCGGUGUCGUCGUCGGCCGACAACGCGGUCACCACCAGCGCCAGCCACCAGCUCGGGACCAAGGCGGAGGAGAUGGAGAGCUUCAGCUCGGCGGAGUUCCCGCCCAUCGACGAGAGCUUCUGGUCGUCGGCGGACGUGAUGGACAUGGACCUAGGCGCCAUGGACGAGGAGCUGAGCCUGCCCAGCUCGUCGUCGACGAGGGACGAUGACAUGGAGUUCUGGCUCAAGAUGCUGCUCGAGGCCGGCGACAUGAGGGACUUGAGCGUCUUGUAACAUCGCAGAAUUAAGCUUAGCUGCCACCUGCAAGAUUAGUGUCUUUUUUUUUCUGUUAUCCUUUUCCCAUUUUCUGCUGAUGAGAAAAUGUUGGGAAAUUCAGUCAGGUGAUUAUUUCACCUUCCUUAGAAAAUAAUACUAGCAACAUUUCUUUUGUUCU